AUGGCGCCAGCGCGGGCCUCUCAUGGGAAGCAAAAGACUCAUAAUGACUCUGGUCGGAUGCUGAAGCGCAAGCGCGGCCAGGAUGAGCUGUCCACACUCGCCCAGCGGGUCGACGAGCUCGACCCCAAGGCCGCUGUCAAAAACUUCUCCGAACUACCUCUCUCCGAACCGACAGCCUCCGGCCUCGAGGCCUCUCAUUACAAGACUCUGACCGACAUCCAAUCGCGUGCGAUCUCCCAUGCACUCAAGGGCCGCGAUAUCCUGGGCGCCGCCAAGACCGGUAGUGGCAAGACACUGGCCUUCCUGGUCCCUGUUCUCGAGAAUCUGUACCGCAAACAAUGGACUGAAUACGACGGGCUGGGAGCGUUGAUUCUCUCUCCAACCCGUGAAUUGGCCGUUCAGAUCUUCGAGGUGUUGCGGAAGGUGGGCCGAUAUCAUGCUUUCUCCGCUGGCUUGGUCAUCGGCGGGAAGAGUCUGCGCGAGGAGCAGGAACGACUGGGACGCAUGAAUAUUUUGGUCUGCACACCAGGUCGCAUGCUCCAGCACCUUGACCAGACUGCUACGCUAGAGACACAUAAUUUCCAGAUGCUCGUGAUGGACGAGGCGGACCGGAUUAUGGACAUGGGUUUCCAAAAAACGGUGGAUGCGAUCAUCGAUCACCUUCCGAAGGAGCAUCAGACGAUGCUCUUCAGUGCCACACAAACUAAAAAAGUUUCUGAUCUGGCUCGUUUGAGCCUGAAGGAUCCCGAGUACGUUGCGGUGCAUGAAGCCGCCGCCGCGGCGACACCCGCAAGCCUCCAACAACACUAUGUCGUUACUCCGCUGCCUCAAAAACUCGAUACUUUAUGGAGCUUCAUCCGCAGCAACCUCAAAUCCAAGACCGUGGUCUUUCUAUCGUCGGGGAAGCAAGUCCGAUUCGUCUACGAAUCCUUCCGUCAUCUUCAACCAGGUAUUCCGCUGUUGCAUCUUCACGGCAAGCAGAAGCAGGGCGGUCGACUGGAUAUUACGACCAAAUUCUCCCAGGCCCAGCACUCAGUACUCUUUGCCACGGACGUCGCUGCCCGAGGUUUGGAUUUCCCCGCUGUUGACUGGGUUAUCCAAAUGGACUGCCCAGAGGAUGCCGACACAUACAUUCACCGUGUCGGACGGACGGCCCGGUACGAGCGGGUUGGACGCGCCGUGCUGUUCCUAGACCCCAGCGAGGAGAAGGGCAUGCUGAACCGACUUGAGCAGAAGAAGGUGCCCAUCGAGCGGAUCAAUAUCAAGGCAAAUAAGCAGCAGAGCAUCAAGAAUCAACUGCAAAAUAUGUGCUUCAAGGACCCCGAGCUGAAGUACCUCGGUCAAAAAGCAUUUAUUUCAUACGUCAAGUCGGUCUACGUUCAAAAGGACAAGGAAAUUUUCCACCUGAAGGAACUUUCGUUGGAAGACUUGGCUUCUAGCAUGGGUUUGCCUGGUGCGCCGCGCAUCAAGUUCAUCAAGGGCGAUGACACCAAAGAGCGCAAGAACGCGUCUCGUAAGAUGGCCCAACUAUCGAGUGACGAAGACGACGAUUCGGAUGCGGAUGACCAGAAGAAGUCCAAGAAGAAGGACGAAAACCAGGUGCGAACACGUUACGACCGUAUGUUCGAGCGCCGCAAUCAAGACGUACUGGCGGACCACUACUCGAAACUCAUCAACGACGAUGGCACUAUGGUUGCACCCGACGUCAACAACGGUGGCGAAGACGCAGACGAGGACGCCGAUUUCCUAUCUGUCAAGCGUCGGUUUGCCGCAGGAGACGCAGGUCUCGAUCAAGCCGAGUCUGACUCCGAAGAUUCCAACGACCAGCGAGCAACCAAGAUGGUGCAAAUCGACGGCAAGGAGCCGCUCGUUAUUGACUCCAAGCGACGCGAGAAGCUACUCAAGUCGAAGAAGAAACUUCUUAAGUACAAGGGCAAAGGAACGAAGCUUAUCUACGACGAUGAGGGCAACGCGCACGAAGUCUAUGAGAUGGAAGACGAAGACCACUUCAAGGCUCGUGGAGAUGCCGAUGUCCAACGCGAGCGCUUCCUGGCCGAGGAAACUGAACGCACGCGUCACGCCGAUCUCGAGGACAAGGAGCUGGCCCGCGAGAAGCGCCGCGAGAAGAAGGAAAAGCGGCGGGCUCGCGAGCGCGCCCUUGCCGAUGAAGAGGCUGAGGAGGAGCGGGGGGCUCAGCUACUUCCGUUCGUGGGCGACGAUGCUGAGUCUGUGGUUUCCGAGCCCGAAGAGCCAACCCGCCCGAGCAAGAAGCAGCGCGUCUCUGCCGAGUCGGACGAGAGCGAGGAAGAGUCCUGGCCACGCAAGUCCAAGAGCAAGGCCAAGAAGAGCAAAUCUGCCGCUGCGGAUCCGGGUCAGAUCGAAACCUUGCAGGAUCUGGAGGCGUUGGCCAGCGGUCUAUUGGGGUAG